CCUUUCGUUUGAUUGUCAUGCGAACACUCUGAAGGAAAGGUUUGAGUCAAUUUUGACGUGAAAGUAGUUCCUGUUUAACCCCACGCUGGGCGUUUUAAAGUUAAAGAAAAAAUUGAAGCUUUAGCAAUCCAAUCGGCUAGAGACUGAGUACAAAGCAUAGGCAGGGUAACGAAAUAUCAAGUUUCGGCCUAAUAUUAAGGAUGACGUCAGAAGUGUCAAAUGAAAUAAUCGCAAAUGGCACAACUCACAAAGGGGAGUGCAGUUCAUAUAUGGAGAAGGAGAUCUUUGAACAGCCAGACAGCACAGAACGGACUUUAAAAGGAAGGGUGGAUUUCGAAAAUCAUAAAGUGGUACUGCGUGGGAUCGAGCCUCACAAGGAGGAAAUUAUGCGUUGCAGAAGAUUGAUAAUGAUUGGUGCAGGGUCCAGUUUUCAUGUUGCUGUUGCGACUCGUCAAAUAAUAGAACAACUAACAGAGGUUCCAGUUAUGACAGAGCUUUCAAGUGAUUUCAUGGAUCGAGAAGUCCCGGUUUUCAGGGACGAUGUUUGCAUAUUCAUUAGCCAGUCAGGUGAAACAUAUUCAACCUUAGAGGCACUACGGUAUUGUAAAGAAAGAGAUGCUUUAGUUAUGGGAAUAACUAACACUGUUAACAGCACAUUGUCAAGAGAAACAUCCUGCGGGAUACAUGCAAAUGCUGGGGUAGAGACAGGUGUAGCCAGCACAAAAGCCUACACCAGUCAAAUCCUAGCACUCAUUAUGCUUGCUCUGAUGAUGGCAGAAGACAGUCGCAUUAAGCAGCCACGAGUAAAGGAGAUAAUCGACGGUCUAAAGGAAUUACCAGGAAAAAUGAGACAGGUGUUGGAACUCCAAGAUCAAUUGAGAAAAUACGGAAAGCAGCUGAGUGGAAUGAAAAGCUUAUUGGUGAUGGGAAGAGGAUACCACUAUGCGACAUGUCUUGAGGGUGCAUUUAAAGUGAAGGAGCUCGCAAAUAUGCAUUCAGAAGGAAUUCUGUCCGGAGAACUGAAGCAUGGGCCACUGGCACUGAUUGACAAAGAAAUGCCGAUUGUAAUGGUCAUUUCGAAGGAUUCGACUUACGAUAAAUGUAUCAAUGCUUUACAGCAAGUUAUUGCUAGACACGGGCAGCCAAUAUUAUUAUGCAGCGAAGACUGUGAAUUAUCUACAAUGGCAACACGGAUAAUUAAAAUUCCAAAAACAGUGGAUUGUUUGCAACCUUGCUUGAACAUAAUACCAUUGCAGAUGCUAAGCAUGUAUAUGGCACAAAACAGGGGACAUGAUGUUGACAAGCCAAGACAUUUGGUGAAAGCAGUAACACACGAAGCUUGAUGCACCAUAAACCAAGAUCACCAAGUAGAUUAUUGGAGAAUAAAGAACACUGCAAUCUAACAAAAUUAUAUUGCUUAACAAAAUUAUAUUGCGUAAUAUAAUUAAAUUGCUUUAUUCCUUCUACAAUAUGAUAAGCAUUCACGUAACAUGAUUCGUGUUGUACUUGUUCUAAUAAAGAGAAUGUUCCACAAUAAUUAGUACUGUAUUUUAUUAAAGGAUUAAUAGUUUAUUUUAUCGAGAUAAUGUACAUUUUACUCUAUGCUUAAUGGAGGUGGACGAAAAUCGAAAGAAAACCCUAAGUAUAAAGUCAACAGGUUUGAAAUAGGAGUUUCAUGACCGAAUCUGAUUAUGAAUAAAGCCCCUUCUUCAAACUAUGUUUAAUGGAAAUUUUAAAUAGAAUAUGGUUACUGACGAUAAAAUUCCAUAGGAACAUUAUAAUGAUUUUUCACAAUUAAACAGACGCGAACAUUGGCACCCACAGACGAGCGUGAAUUAUUCAUUAGAAGAUGAGAGAUUGAGCUGAAAACUCAUUAUAAUGUUAAUCAUACAGACAGGGUCGAUUCCCUUUUUUACAGCCAUCAUAUUUUAUUUUUAAAAUGUUUACUUUUUUUCAGAAGAGUGUGAAAUAUUCAAUCUUUGAUUUGUGCAUUGUAUUAGAAGAUGGAAAUGUUUAAAUGUCGCUAUAUUCGUUGUCAGAUUAGUUUGAGUAGAGUUUAUCUAAAGCUACAGUUUUUACUAAAAUUAAAUUAUGGUGUUGCUAAAAAUUUGCUUAAAACUUUUUCACUAUUAGCUGUUUAAUAUAACAAAUAUAGAGUACAAUUGAAUUUGAAUUCUUCGAAUUAUUUAUUAAUUAUGAAUUUGGGGA